GUAAUUGUAAUUAUUCGAAAAAUAAUCGUUACAAAUUCGAAUUAUUUUUCUGAAGAAGUGAUGAAGUGUAUGAACCGUCGGAUGUAUCAUGAGGAUAGAGUGUCCGCUUGAUAAAUAAACGAUUGUCGCAUGCAGAAAACACACUUUUUUCAAAAUUAAAGUUUGCAAACAAUUUUUGUACCCACAGUCUGCAAUUUGAAAAUAUGUAUGCGUAUGCUGCAGUAAACCUCGAUGAAUGAGAAUGGAGUCGGGCAUCGAUAUGAAUGAAACGUACGUAAUUAAACAACCGUCGUGUCGACUCGAACGUGCGAAUAACGGAUGCUUACUUUCGUCAUCGGUUAUUCAUCCGGUCGAUCUAUAAAAUAUAUCGGUAUGACAGUAUGCCGAUCUGAUGAAUGGCAAAAGAGAAAAAGUAAGUUUUUUAAGUAUAAGAGAAUAUAUUAAUUAUAGUCUCCGAACUGAAUGUUUUAUCAUAGAAAUUAAUAUUGCUUGCGAUAGAAAAUCCAAAGGAAACGAUAUAUGGAUAAUAGACAAGCAUCUACAGAGAAUAAAAUAUAUAUAAAGAAAUAAAAUAGAUAUAUAUUAUGCUCAAGAUUCUAGAUGAAUAAUACGUUAAUCUUCCUUCAUUUGAGACUUGAGAUUAUAAUCGCGAUAUAAUUUGUGAUUUAAGAUUAAGUAAUUAUCAAACUAGUUUCAAAAAGAAGUCGCGAGGAAAGUUUGCGCCUUCGAAAAAUUGUAUGUGCUUGGGCUCGGCGAAUGAGCACGGAAUCCUGUCUCCUAUCCGACACCUGGGUUCAUGAGUGACACGCAGCCACCAGCUAAGAAUGUCAGAUAGUUCGGAUCAACUGUCAUCACCGAACAGCGACUGCAACAGUCAAAUGGGCGUCGUGCAUCGCAACGCAACCGCGCAAUAUAGUAACGCGUCGUCGAUGUCUAGCCUCGGGAUCACUCAUCAUCCCCAGAAUUUGACGCCGACGUCGAAUGGUAGUCCCCAAUAUUCGCAGGAGCUUUCCACCUGCAGCUCUGCCAGUGUAAACACCAAUAUUGGGAAUAUUAGCAGCCUUUCUCUCAGCAGCACCAGUAAUUUCACCCCCGAGCAAAUAUCUUGUAUGUGCGAGGCGCUGUCGCAAAGCCAGGACAUUGAAAAACUUUCCAGAUUUCUUUGGUCUCUGCCUCCUGGAGAACUGCUGCGCGGAGGCGAGAGCGUGUUAAUGGCGCGUGCCGCCGUUGCCUUUCACCGUGGAGCCUAUCACGAACUUUACUCCAUUUUGGAAAGUCACCCUUUCUCGCCACGCCGUCAUCCUGAACUCCAGCAGAUGUGGUUCAAGUCGCAUUAUCGCGAGGCCGAGAAAAUCCGGGGCCGACCUUUAGGCGCCGUGGACAAGUACCGGCUACGUAAAAAAUAUCCAUUACCAAAGACAAUCUGGGAUGGCGAGGAGACUGUGUAUUGCUUCAAGGAACGAUCGAGGAAUGCUUUGAAAGAAUGUUACAUGAGGAACCGAUAUCCCACGCCGGACGAGAAGAAGAAUCUCGCGAAAAAGACGGGCCUAACGCUGACUCAAGUGUCCAAUUGGUUCAAGAACCGUCGACAGCGAGAUCGCACCCCGCAAACGAGAACAGAUAUGUUACCACUGAACUGUCAAGGUACAACCAAUAGCACAAUUAGUAGUUCAGUGAGCAAUGGCGGUAGUAUACAAUCCCUGCAGAGCAUCGAUUCCGAUAGUCCGAAUCUUGCGAUGUCACCUCUGUCAACUAUGGGUAUGUCGCCGGUCGCCAUGAAUUCGUGCAGUCCAAUGGGCAUGAGUCCUAUGGGUUCUCAUCAUAGCUAUGCUACAUCCGUUACUCCAUCAUCAGUUCAUAGUGCACAUCCUCAUAAUGGUGGAUUAAGUCCUAUGAAUGACGUUAAAGCCCUGUGUUACGGACGCGGUGUGUAUGAUACAGGUAAAGAUGUGGAGCAGAGCUCGGUUUAUUACUCCAGCCAUCCCAGUGUGCACCACCAGUAUUAUCCACAGACCCACCAUCAGAUGAUGUCAAGCUCUCACCAUCAUCAUCAUCACCAGCAGAAUGUGCCAGCCGGGUACGAAAUCAUGCUACCACCGCCUCAACAUUCCAUAUGACCAACCGAUUACGAAGGUGACCGAAGUAACCAGGGUCAUCACGGCCAGAGCGACGACGUAGUGACGCGUAUACACGCCUUCGCCUGAUCUUUCGGCUUUUCUUUUUCAUUCGAUUCAAAUCGUAUAUGCAAUAAAGAACGGCAUACGGACCCAUAAAUAUCGGCGAAACAGACUGUUUUGAUGAAACAAAUAUCGCAGCCAUUUUCGGCUGUACUUUUUGCUGGGAAAAUGU